AUGGCAACCCUCUUCUUCUCCUUCGGCGGGCUCUUCCAAGGUAACCUUGCAGCACCUCUCCAAUCCACCCACCGCAACUAACCCACCCACCCAGUCUCCGUCCUCCUCGUAAACGCCAUAGCAGUCCUCUCGGAAGACCGCUUCCUCGCACGAAGUACACUCUCCCAUCCCAUCCCAGAACCUCCAACCCCACUGACAUAGUAUCCUUCCCAGUCGGCUGGGGCUCCUCGCAACAAACCCCCGACGGCUUCGGCGCUUCCUCCUCCGCAGCAGACCAAGCCUCCAUCAAAGCCAAGAUGAUCAACCUCAUCAACAGCGUGCGAACACUCAUGCGAAUUCCGCUCAUCUUUUUGAAUGUGUUGAUUAUUAUCUGGGCGGUGGCUUUUGGUUGA